UCGGCGGCGGAGUCAGGGGAUCGCAGGAGCCCAAAAUGGCGGAGCUGUGGAGUUCCGUUCGUGCUGCGACAACUGAUAAACAAGACACGAAGCCCAAGGAUGUUAUGGGUAUGAAGGGCGGCUCAGAGGGCAGAUCUCAACCGCCGCCUCCCCCUUCCACGAGCCACGAUAUACAUCCAGCUAAGAAGAUUCGGACGGAUGACAAGAGCUUGAAGCCUAAGCGAGUGAAUGGUGAGGGAGGAGGGAGUAAUCGUCCGGGAUCUGGCUUUGGCAUUACUGGAACAUGGAGUUUCCCGGCCGCAGCUAGCAGCAGCACCAACUCGUCCCUCCCUCUGCCCGGCCCUUCUCGUUUACCGCAACAGUCUUCAAGGGACAUUUCAUCGUCUGACAAAUCCAAGAAGCCCCGUGAGAAGCGCGACAAGGAGAAGAAGAGGCGGCGGGAGAUGAUCGUUGAAGAGAACGGCGAAUUACAGACGAAGGCUGCGGGGAUUCCCUCUGUGCCUGCCGCACCUCCAACAGCUGCUGACAGGAAUGAAAUCAAAGACAAAUUUAAGGAUAAAGAAAAGGAGAAGCAGAAGGAAAAAAAGAAGCAUAAACUAAUGAAUGAAAUUAAAAAGGAAAAUGGGGAGGUGAAAUUACUGCAGAAAAGCUCAAAUGAGAAGCCAAAGCCAAACACUGAAGAUUUGCAAAUAAAAAAGGUUAAGAAGAAAAAGAAAAAGAAACACAAAGAAGGUGAGAAACGCAAGCAUCCAAAAAUGUACAGCAAAUCUAUUCAGACCAUCUGCUCAGGACUGGUCUCUAACUUGAGCAAAUAUCAAGACCAGGAAACAAAAAUGGAAGCAGAACAUUCAUUAAAGAACUUAAUUGUAAAAACUGAAGUAAAGGAAGGUGAUGUUCCCAAGCUAGCAGAGAAUGAAUAUCCAUUUGUCUCACUGAAGGAACCUCGUGUGCAACAUAAGCUCAAGAGGUUGGACUCCGAGUUUAAGCAGCUUAUUCACAUAGAAGACCAGCCAAAUGGUGGUGCAUCCAUAAUCCACGCCUACAGUAGUGAACUUACUCACUUGUCUCCUAUGGAGAUGGAAAGGUUUGCUAAGGAAUUUGUUGGACUGGUUUUUAGUGAAACAGAAAAUUGUGCUGCUUACUACGUCAUGGGGAUUGUUCAUGGGGCAGCUUCGUACUUACCUGACUUUUUAGAAUAUUUUUCAUUUAAUUUCCCUAAUUCACCUGUGAAAAUGGAAAUAUUGGGAAAGAAAGAUAUUGAGACAACAACUAUAUCAAAUUUCCAUUCCCAGGUAAAGAGAACAUAUUCUCAUGGUACUUAUAGAGCAGGGGCGAUGCGACAGAUCAGCCUUGUGGGAGCAGUGGAUGAGGAAGUUGGGGACUACUUCCCAGAAUUUUUAGAUAUGCUAGAAGAGUCUCCUUUUUUAAAGCAUACUUUGCCCUGGGGAACACUUUCAAGUUUGCAACUCAAAAGUCGUAAAGAUAGUGAUGACGGUCCAAUAAUGUGGGUUCGCCCAGGAGAACAAAUGAUCCCUGUGGCUGACAUGCCAAAGUCACCUUUUAAAAGGAAAAGGAAUGAGCAACCGCGCAUAACCAAAGAUGUAAUUUGCUUUCAUGCUGAAGAUUUUUUAGAGGUAGUACAAAGAUUGCAGCUAGACUUGCACGAACCUCCACUGUCCCAGUGUGUCCAGUGGGUUGAUGAUGCAAAACUCAAUCAGCUGAGGAGAGAAGGCAUUCGCUAUGCCCGGAUUCAGUUGUACGACGAUGACAUUUACUUUAUUCCAAGGAAUGUCGUGCAUCAGUUUAAGACUGUUUCAGCUGUUUGUAGUUUGGCGUGGCAUAUUCGACUUAAGAAGUACCAUCCAGAAUUGGAAGCUGCACAAAACCGUAGUCGUUUAGAGGAAAACGAUUCCAAAAAAGAAAUCAAGGCAGAAGUUGGAAUUAAAGAUAAUUCAUUUUGUGCUUCCAGCACAAAUAGCUCUCACGUAAAGUUUUCUGAUAUUGGACAAUUCAAAGACACAGAGCAAAAAGCCAAGCAAAUAAAACCUAAACCAAGAUCACCCCUCCGAGUCAGUGAGGAGUUUUAUAAUAGAAAUCUUCCAACAAUUUCCACAGCACCUGUAGAAUGUCAGACUUUUAAAGUAAAAAGCGAUAAUGCCAAGGAUACACAAUUUAAGGGUGAGAUUGACUCUCGAUUGGAACUGAUUAACAGAGACUCAAAAGAUAAAUGUCAAUUAACUCCAGAGGACACACGGCAACAUACACCACCAAGUCAAUUUGUCCGAGCAGAAGAGGAAAAUCUUCUGUGCUAAAAAAUGUAGAUACGGUUUUAAUUGCUUUUGUUUUACAGCAUAAUAAUAUAAAUAUACAGAUUUGUAAAUCACAGAGCAAGUUUGUACAUGCUCUGUAGUCUGUUACAGAAUAUAGUUAUGUAGCGACGUAACAUUCCUCGGUGCCUGUCCAUAACUGUGAACUAUCAAAGCACUUAGGGCCAGAUGCACUGUAAACACUGCAGGUUUAAAGAUGUCUCUAAAUAAUUUCUGAGUUUUAAGUUCUAGGAUAGAGCUGACAUUAACAUAUAUAUUUUUUGUAAGAUGAGCCAGAAUUCUUUUGACAAUUCCAGGCUUUUCCAUAGAGCUUAUUUAUAUCAAUUUUUCAUUUUAAAUGUGUCAGCACUGUAGUGUAAAUAGCUUUUUUUAAUCUUUUUAGUGUGAUUUAUACGGAAAUGUGAACCACCUAAUAAAGGUUCAUAACAAA